UCGAUCCUCGCUGGAGGUUACCACCACCCUCUUUUGCGAACUUAUCAGUCUCGAGGCAGGACCUUGAGCAAGGACAUGCUCAUGUACCCCAUCUUUAUCACCGACGACCCGGACGCCGAGAUCGAGAUUAAGUCACUGCCGGGUCAGAAACGAUGGGGAAUCAACAAGCUCGAGGGGUUCUUGAGACCGUUAGUGGAGAAGGGUUUGAGGAGCGUCAUCUUGUUUGGUGUUCCUGUCGAGCUGGAAAAGGACGAAUGUGGGACACACGCCGACUCUGAUGUGACCCCCGUCGUACAAGCUCUCAAACUCCUCACCAAGCUAUUCCCCAAGCUGCUCCUCGCUGCUGACGUCUGCUUGUGCGAGUACACCAACCACGGUCAUUGCGGCAGCAAACCCGAUGUCUUUACUCCCAUUCCCAACCACGCCAACGGGGCACCGCACCUCGACCCUUCGGCCUCGGCGAAACGAAUCGGUGAAGUCGCUCUCGCCUAUGCCAAGGCUGGAGCCCAUCUCGUCGCUCCGAGCGAUAUGAUGGACGGGAGGAUCAAGUCAAUCAAGACGAUGUUGAUCGAACAUGGGUAUGCGAACAGGUGUGGUGUAAUGAGCUAUUCGGCCAAGUUUGCGAGUGGACUUUAUGGGCCGUUCAGAGAGGCUGCUGGCAGUGCUCCUAUGGCUGGAGACCGAAAAUGCUACCAGCUCCCGCCUUUCGCCAAGGGUCUGGCCCGACGAGCCAUCAACCGAGACGUCCUCGAAGGCGCCGACAUCCUCAUGGUCAAACCCGGUCUUCCCUACCUCGACAUCAUCCAGGACUGCGCGACCUUGCAACCGGACCACCCUACCGCCGUCUACCAAGUCUCUGGCGAAUUCGCCAUGAUCCACGCCGGGGCGGAAAAGGGCGUCUAUGAUCUGAGGUUGAUGGCCGAGGAGACGGUGGGGAGCUUCUUGAGAGCUGGCGCGAGCAUCAUCUUGACCUACUUUACCCCGGACUUUUUGGACUGGUUGGACCAGGAGCCUUUGCCGAAUUAG